CGCUUUCGCACCUGUGGACGUUGCUGCGGCGACGAACGUGGCAUCACAAUGGCAGCGAUCGAGAUAUUCUCAAAUUCCGUCACUUACAAGUACAAAAGUAGAAUACAUUCUUGCGCCUCGAUUGUUGUCUUUCUGUUCAUCGUGUUAUCCUUGAUCACGCCGCUUUUUAUAAUUUACAAUGCGGGAGGUAUUUGGAUAAAAAAUCGAAUGCACGCGGAAAUGCCUGAUGUGCAUUUUAUAUACAAAUACCUGUUACUCGCGGAAGUCGACUCUGUUAAGGAGCCCAUUGUAUGUUCCACUUUUAGGACGUACAAGGAAAACGAUAUCGAAGAUCACUGCCCAAUAAUCAAGGUACGGGAGACCGAUUUAAACAAAGAUGGGCAAAAAGAUUCGCUAAGAUUUGAAGCUCAGUUUUAUACGGAUAAGCCAGUGAAAUCUCUACGACUCUUGCUAUUCUUCAAUUUCCAAUUAAAGCAUCUCAUCCAAGCGACGAUAGAAUCUAUCGGCGUGUUUGAUCGGAUGUUAACCCAGGAGGCUCAAGAGAUACGAUUUUUCGGCGAUCUGGAGCUACGACAGAAGGGACUUUUGCGCAGCGAGGGCCUCUACGAAACAUACAACCACAGCAUAGAGCUGGCUGAUUAUUCUCUACCCGAAUUGCUGUUGCACAAUUAUAACCGGAAGUUUUCUGCCAGAAUCACGAACGAACGGGUAACGUGGAGAACCGGCUUCUCUAGCGACGAAGCGGUGGUCGUCAUUGGCGAGUUGUUCUACGCGGAGAAUUUUAUUUACUAUCAGCCGAGCGUGUGGGAGGAAUUGAAAUGGGCGUGGAUGCAAUAUCUGUCGUGUCUACUCGUGUUCGCAUAUGUCGCUAAGCAUAUCCUGGUGUUUCUAUUCACCAAUAGAUACCUGAACACGUAUAUUGUAAGACCGUGGUCGCGAGACCCAGUAAAGUAGCGACACGGUACUUUCACCAUGUCCACGAAAUCCAAGGAGAAAGUGGUGGCCGCCAUCCGGAAGCUCUUCCGAUCUUCCGAUAAGAUAGCCGAACCGGAGGUAGCCAGCAGCUCGACUAAUUCGCCAUCGAGGAGACUUCUAAAUCGCCAUCACCGACCAGAUGCCGUCAUUCCAGUGGACGGACCGAUACUGGAAAAUCCGGAUUCCACUCAUGCCGAUCGUAGUUGUUUCUUCAAGGCAAAGAAAUCCGCAAAGGACAACAACGAGUGCAAAGCCGCCUGCGACAAGGACAUCGGUUUGCGUCGGCUAAUGAAGGAGUUUAACAGGAUCCAAAGAGCACAGCGUGGCGACUCUUCCUUCACCGUGGAACUCGUAAAUGACAAUGUUUUCGAGUGGUUUGUUCGAUUGCACAAGAUCGAUCCGGACAGCAAGCUGGCGGCCGAUAUGCGCGAACUGAAGAUACCUCACAUAUUGUUGCACGUGAUUUUUCCAAAGGAGUUCCCGUUUGCGCCGCCCUUUAUGAGAGUAAUCUCGCCGAGGAUCGAUCAGGGCUUCGUGAUGCAUGGCGGUGCUAUUUGCAUGGAGCUUCUCACACCGAGAGGAUGGUGCUGCGCGUAUAGCGUCGAGUCGAUGAUUAUGCAGUUUGCGGCCAGUGUUGUAAAGGGCCAGGCACAAGUGGCGAGGGUACCAAAGCCGAACAAGGAAUACAAUCGGCAAUUGGCCGAAGAGACAUUCAAAAACUUGGUGAGGACGCAUGAAAAAUACGGCUGGGUGACGCCGCCGCUUGCUGAAGGCUGACCGCAGAAUAUUUCAUCGUAGAAAGCCGGAAGAGAUUUGCUUGAGAAGAGACGUUCGAAACGACGUGAUUUUUUUCCGAUUUUUUCGCGCCGGCAAUGAUUUCUUUGUUGCGUUAGGAAAACCAAAGUGUAAUUUUGUUGCCCAAUUGCCGCAAGAAGAAUGCACAAGCAGAUGUAGCCAAGAAGAGCAUCGAGCUUAUCAGGUAAAUAAAAAGCGCGCGGGAAGUUUUUUUUAGUCAUUUUUUAAUUUUUGUAAUAAAAAUACGUAGGAAUCUAUAAAAAAGAGAAUUUCAAGAUCUUUAUACAAACUUCCCAUUUUUCAUUUAAUAACCUGUCCUCUUUGCAGUGCGAAGAGAAACGAGUACCGGCUACAAAAAUAUUAAUUUUGAUCAUAUUUAUGCCAAAGACGUUUUUAAAAACCUCCUGCACGUCAAAAGGAGAUUUCUUAAAGAUCUCGAAGUUUUCUUAUAAGUUCUUACACAAGUUCUAUAUAAUUAUGCCAAAUUAGUUAUUAAGAUAAAUAUGGAAUCGUUGCAAUGUUAUCCUUAUUCGCGUUUUUCGGUAAAAGUUUGCAAGAUUUACCCGUUGAAUAUCGGAAGCUCAUAACAAAGUAAUCUAUUUCAUUAACUUCACUAAAUGAAUGAAGAAAACAAAUUGCUCAAUAAUGUGUACUGAACUGUUGCUGUUAAAUAAUUUAAGAACUGAUGGCAUAUGUAAAUACGAACAACGAAAAUAUGACUAAAUAGUAUGGCUUGUUUUUUCGCUUUGUAAAAUUUUAGUUUAUAUCAAUAUCUUGAAAGAAAAGAUAUUUGCGUCCAAAUUCUUCCGCGGAAACGGAAGUCAUGAUUAUGAGCUUCUACGAUAGUUUAUUUUUUGCAAGACUAAAAAAUCUACUAUCAUGUAUAAACGAUUUUCUAUAUGUUUCUCAAUCGAUUAUUCGUAGAAGUGUUUGUACAGUCGUUAUGUUGGACAUAUACUUGUAUGUGCCAAAUAAAUACAAGUUUGAAAUAUUAACGUCUAUUUGCAAAACUUUGCAAAACUUCAGAUUAACAUUUUAUCGCGAAGGUUCGCGCGACUGUAGACCCUACAGCUCAUCAUGAACGAACGUAUCACGAAGCGUAUCUAGAUUAAUAAGAGACCCAAAUAAUUAUUCAAAUGGUUGACUUUAAUAUGGCGCCGAGAAGUAAUAUCUGUACAAGAUUUUCAAAAGUAAAGAUGAGAGAUAAAGAUUAAAUAUAAAUAAAAUAUUUACAAAUACGUGAGAAACCGUUAUUAGUCUUAUUUCGGCGCAUAUUAACAGUACUUUUGGCCUAUUUGCCGUAGUAAAGUUAGUUCAAUAAUGCGGCAGGCAUAUAGGUAUAUACUGUGUCUUUUUUCCACCACACAUCACAUUCUACGUUUAGGUAUUUAGGAAUGAAAAUGUACAGCACGAAAGAGUGCUCUUUCCUAUCUCCGUUAACAGCUUAUAAACUAAUUGCAAGUUAUACUUAAAAGCGAUUUACAAUGCCGUUUUAUCAAAUCUGUUGGAAUAAAGUUGCUAUUCAAAGA